AUGACAUGCAAAAAUGAAUGGAUCAACGAAGAUGCUGGUGAAUCGGAAAUUAUUGUAAUUUUAGAUCGUCAUAAGGACCUGUGCCUGACGCCAGAAUGCAUACAUACAGCGUCUGCACUCCUGAAGAACAUGGACAAGGACGUCGAUCCGUGCGAAAAUUUCCAUCGAUAUGCGUGCGGCGGCUUCAUCAACAACACAAUCAUACCCGAUGACAAAUCCGGAAUAAACAAUCAAGAGAUUUUAACAAGGAGAGUACUUCAACGCUUGAAAUUCAAAAUUCAGGCUGAAGUCGAAGGGGACGAACCAAGCCACUUCAAACUAGUGAAAAUUUUUUAUCAAAACUGUUUGAAGAAGAACACAACAGCGACCUCAGCGUUUGAGCUUCUUCGGAACCAAGUCGAUAAACUCGGCGGAUGGCCGGUUCUUCUCGGUGAUGCAUGGACAGAAGAUCAAUUCGUUUGGACAGACGCAAUUAAGAAGUUUCGAAAUGCUGGUUACUAUUACACUGCUCUCACGAGCUUCAAGAUUCACGAAGACAUGAUGAAUUCCACAAAGAGAAUCAUCUAUAUUUCAGGACCAGGAUUCGGAAUCGAUCGCCAAUAUCUCUCGGAAGGUUUUGACAACAGUGCGGUUCGCGAUUAUAAAAAAAAAAUGGUUGACAUAGCCGUGAAACUUGGUGGAAACGAGCUCCAGGCUCAGAAGGAACUCAACAACUCGUUGACUUUUGAAAUAAAACUGGCAAAAUUCAUCAGUCAGGAUAUGUGGGAGCGUUACAAUUUGACGACACUUACGAAUUUGUCGAGCGCCCAUCCGAGCAUGCCGUGGGAAGAAUAUAUCAAGGGAAUUUUACCAUCGUCGGUCACCAUUGGGCAAGACGAAAAGCUCGUCAACGAAGGCCAAGCGGUCUACUUUAACCUGCUGGAAAAGCUACUGUCCGAAACGAAGAAUAGAGACUUGGCAAACUACCUGAUGUGGAGAGUGAUAUGGGAUUUUGUGAAUAACUUUGUGGAUGACAAAGAUGAGGGAGGGAACAUUGAUUCUACAACAAGAUCGAACGAAUGUACUCAAGCUGUGUACGACAAAUUCCCAAUUAUCGCCGGAGCAAUAUUCGUUAAACAUUACUUCGAUAAAAACGUCAAGAAAAAAGCCAUGGAGUUGAUGUCGGACUUGAAAGACCAAGUUCAGAUUUUAAUACAGAACGCUGACUGGGUGGACGAAAAGACGCGAGUGAUAAUGAUGGAAAAAGCUGUAGGGAUGGUCAGUCACGUUUCCUACCCUGACGAGUUGUUGGACGAUGCCAAGCUCGAGAAAAUCUACGAAGGACUCAAUUUUUCCGGGAAUACGUAUAUCGAGGGACUAGUGAAAGUAAAGAAAUUCGAAGACGAUCUUUACUGGGGUAAACUGAACAAACCAGUUAAUAGAUCCGACUGGAUGGAUGCUGGAGGAUCUGCUAUCGUUGAGACCUUUCAUUACCCGAUGAACAAUCGCGUGCUUAUUCCUGCCGGCAUGUUACAAGGUCCUUAUUUCAACGCCGAUCGACCGAAUUACAUGAACUACGGUAGUAUGGGAUUUAUCAUGGGUCAUGAAAUAACACACGGUUACGACGACGCAGGCAAGCUCUUUGACAAAAAUGGCGAGUAUGUACGUUGGGGGGAGAAAGCUAACAAAAAUUGGGCAUCAAGUUACCGAUGCUUGAAGAAUCAGUAUGGAAAAUACACAGUUCCAGAAUUGGGCAUAAAACUGGAUGCUGAGAGGACGGUGGCUGAAGAUUUUUCGGACAACGGAGGCGCCAAAAUAGCAUAUUUAGCGUACAGCACUUGGGCAGCGAAAAAUGAAGCGGAAAAAAAAUUGCCAGGAAUCGAUCUUACUCCGAAGCAAAUGUUUUGGUUGAGCAUUGCAAACGCCUUUUGUGCAAAAUACACACCGGAAGGUCUCCGAACGCGGAUAAAAAAUCAUCCACACAGUCCUGAAGAGUACCAAAUAAUCGGAUCGUUUUCAAAUAUGCCGGAAUUUGCAGCCGAUUUCAAUUGUUCAAAGCACUCAAGAAUGAACCCCCAAAAGAGAUGCUUGGUUUGGUAA